AUGCACCCGCCGCGUCGCCGUAGGAAGGGAUGCGGCGGUGCCCCCGCUAUAAAUACUCGCGCCGGAGGUGGAAGGCGUCAGUCUAGUGUCGGCUCCCACACAAGUAACAACAAACACAAUCGGCAGGUGUUGAUCCACUGGACAAGACGCGCCAGCGCCAUGAUGCGGUUGGUGCUUUUUCUAGUCCUCUUCAGCAUAUGUGAAAUCACUCAGGCUGAGGAAGGCUACAAGUAUGAAAAACCAACGAAGCCUUUCAUCACUGGAACACCAGGUCUAAGACCAGGAACAGCAGGCCCAGGAGGAUUUGCACCUGGAGUGGGAGCUGGGCCAGCUGCAAAACCCGGUUUUCCUGGAGGAACAGGACCUGGUGCCACUGGACCCAGUGGCUACCCUUCUAGUGGUCCUGGAGGAACACCUGCAGGAUUUCCAUCUGGCAGUCAACUAGGAAGACCUGGAGCAGGCAGACCAUCUGGAUAUCCAUCUGGGAGACCAAGUGCCGGCAGACCAGGUGGCACCCUUCCUGGAAGACCUGGGACAACAGGAGGACCAGGUCGUCCAAUUAUUCAAGGAGAUGUUGGAGGCACUGGAUAUCCAUCAGGAGGGCCUGGCAGUUUCGGACCAAGUGGUCCAUUUGGACCUGGUGCUGGACGACCUGGAGCUCAAGGCAGUGUUGGUUACCCUUCUGGAAGACCUGGGGGACCUGGUACAGGAAGACCAGGUGCUCCAGGUACAAUAGGAGGUGCAGGUUAUCCUACAGGUGGGCCUGGAGUAUUCCGUCCUAGUGAUUCAUUUGGUACAGGCAUUGGAAGACCUGGAGUUUCAGGAAGACCAGGAGGACCAGGUGCUGCAGGAUAUCCUUCUGGAGGUCCUGGAGGAUUUGGGCCUAGUAGCCCCUUUAGUCCUGGUGCUGGUGGUAGGCCUGGAAGUGCUGGAGGUCUAGGACAGCCAGGAGGCACUGGAAUAACAGGAAGACCAGGUACUCCAGGCACUCCAGGUGCUCCUGGUGGUCCAGGAGGACCUGGGGUUCCUGGAGCGCCUGCUGGCCAAGGGUAUCCAUCAGGAGGACCUGGAGGAUUUGGUCCUAGUGGUCCUUUUGGACCUGGUGCUGGUAGGCCAGGAGGAGUUGGAGGCCCAGGGGGACCUGCUGGUCCUGGGUAUCCAUCAGGCGGGCCUGGAGGCUUUGGUCCUAGUGGUCCAUUUGGGCCCAGUGCUGGUCGUCCAGGAGGUCAAGGUGGAGCUGGAAUAACAGCAAGACCAGGUGCUCCAGGAACACCUGGUGGUCCUGGUGGUCCUGGAGGACCUGGAGGUCCAGGAGGACCUGCUGGUCCUGGAUAUCCCUCUGGUGGGCCAGGAGGAUUUGGCCCUAGUGGUCCAUUAGGACCUGGUGCAGGUCGGCCAGGAGGACCGGGACGUCCAGGAGGAGCUGUUGGUCCUGGAUAUCCAUCUGGUGGGCCUGCAGGAUUUGGUCCUAGUGGUACACUUGGUCCUGGUAGACCAGGGACUCUAGGAGGUCCGGGAGGGCAAGGUUAUCCAUCAGGAGGACCUGGUGGAUUUGGUCCUAGUGGUCCAUUUGGACCAGGUGCUGGUCGCCCAGGAGGCCCUGGUAGACCAGGAAUAGCAGGAAGACCAGGUGCUCCAGGUGGUCCUGGUGGUCCAGGAGGUCCAGGUGGUGCAGGGGGACCAGCUGGUCCCGGAUACCCAUCAGGUGGUCCUGGAGGAUUUGGUCCUAGUGGUCCCUUUGGCCCUGGAAAGCCAGGUGCUCCAGGAGGGCCAGGAGGUCCAGGAGGGCCAGGUUAUCCAUCAGGAGGACCUGGUGGAUUUGGUCCUAGUGGUCCAUUUGGACCUGGUGGUUUUCGGCCAGGAACACAAGGUCAGCCAGGAAUCCCAGGCAGGCCAGGAACACCUGGGGCACCAGGUGGUCCAGGAGGACCUGGAGGUCCUGGUGGUCUAGGUGGACCAACUGGUCCUGGAUAUCCUUCAGGUGGUCCUGGAGGAUUUGGUCCUAGUGGUCCCUUUGGCCCUGGAAAGCCAGGUGCUCCAGGAGGGCCAGGAGGUCCAGGAGGGCUAGGUUAUCCAUCAGGAGGACCUGGUGGAUUUGGUCCUAGUGGUCCAUUUGGACCUGGUGGUUUUCGGCCAGGAACACAAGGUCAGCCAGGAAUCCCAGGCAGGCCAGGAACACCUGGGGCACCAGGUGGUCCAGGAGGACCUGGAGGUCCUGGUGGUCUAGGUGGACCAACUGGUCCUGGAUAUCCUUCAGGUGGUCCUGGAGGAUUUGGUCCUAGUGGUCCCUUUGGCCCUGGAAAGCCAGGUGCUCCAGGAGGGCCAGGAGGUCCAGGAGGGCCAGGUUAUCCAUCAGGAGGACCUGGUGGAUUUGGUCCUAGUGGUCCAUUUGGACCUGGUGGUUUUCGGCCAGGAACACAAGGUCAGCCAGGAAUCCCAGGCAGGCCAGGAACACCUGGGGCACCAGGUGGUCCAGGAGGACCUGGAGGUCCUGGUGGUCUAGGUGGACCAACUGGUCCUGGAUAUCCUUCAGGUGGUCCUGGAGGAUUUGGUCCUAGUGGUCCCUUUGGCCCUGGAAAGCCAGGUGCUCCAGGAGGGCCAGGAGGUCCUGGAGGGCCAGGUUAUCCAUCAGGAGGACCUGGUGGAUUUGGUCCUAGUGGUCCAUUUGGACCUGGUGGUGGUCGGCCAGGAACACCUAGUCAGCCAGGAAUCCCAGGCAGGCCAGGUACACCUGGGGCACCAGGUGGUCCAGGAGGACCUGGAGGACCUGGUGGUCUAGGUGGACCAACUGGUCCUGGAUAUCCUUCAGGUGGACCUGGAGGAUUUGGUCCUAGUGGACCUUUUGGCCCUGGUGCUGGUAGACCAGGUGGUUUGGGAAGACCUGGUGGUCCAGGAGGGCCAGGUGGCCCAGGAUACCCAUCAGGUGGGCCAGGAGGAUUUGGACCAUCUGCUGGUCGGCCAGGAACACCUGGUCAGCCAGGAUUCCCAGGCAGGCCAGGUACAUCUGGCGCACCAGGUGGUCCAGGAGGACCUGGAGGCCCUGGUGGUCCAGGAGGUCCAACCAGUCCUGGAUACCCAACAGGUGGUCCUGGAGGAUUUGGUCCUAGUGGUCCGUUUGGACCUGGUGGUGGACGCCCAGGCACUCCAGGUCGUCCUGGAACCCCUCUAAGGCCAAGUGCUCCUGGUACUCCAGGUGGUCCAGGAGGUCCAGGAGGCCCAGGAGGUCCUGGUGGUCCAGGAGGGCCAUUUGGUCCUGGAUAUCCAUCUGGAGGUCCUGGUGGAUUUGGCCCUACUGGCCCAUUUGGCCCAGGAGGUCCCGGUAUACCAGGUAGACCUGGCCGUCCUGGUACACCAGGUGGUCCUGGAGGAUUUGGUCCUAGUGGACCAUUUGGCCCUGGUGCUGGUCGGCCAGGAGGCCCAAGUCGGCCUGGUGGUCCAGGGGCUCCAGGUUCUCCAGGUGGACCUGGGGGACCAAGUGGUCCAGGAGGACCUUCUGGUCCUAGUGGCCCAUUUGGUCCUGGUGCUGGUAGACCUGGAGGACAAGGCGGCCCUGGUGUACCUGGACAACCAGGUGGUGGAUUUAAGCCAAGUGGUCCAUAUGGCCCUGGUUAUCCUGGAGGUCCUUCAGGUGGUGUUGGUCGACCUGGUCGUCCUGGUGGUGCAUUAGGUGAUGCUACUGGUCCUGGAGGGCCAGGUGGUCCUUCUGGUCCCACAGGCUAUCCUUCUGGUGGCAUUGGAGGCAGGCCAGGUGGAGUUGGUCCUGGUGGUCCUUUUGGUCCUACUGGCCCUACUGGACCUACUGGCCCUACUGGACCUACUGGUCCUACUGGACCUACUGGUCCCACUGGGCCUACAGGUCCUGGAGGACCAACUGGUGGUGUUGGUGGUGUUGGUGGAAUCGGUGGAACUGGCCCAACUGGACCUCCAGGGCCGAGUGGACCAUAUCCUAGUGGGCCUGCUGGCCCCAAUGGUCCAUAUCCAGAAGGACCACCUGGUCCUGAUGGUCCUUUCCCAACAGGUUCCCCUGGUCCUGGGCCAUAUGAUGAAGGAGAUUAUUCUGCUAUUCCUGGAGAACCAGGAGUAGAUUAUCCCAUAUAUUCUGAAGUACCUGCUACUUCAUUUAGUUGCAGUCAGCAGAGAUUCCCUGGAUACUAUGCUGAUGUGGAAACACAGUGUCAGGCAUUCCAUAUUUGUGCUAACAAUCGCACAUACGAUUUCCUGUGCCCUAAUGGUACAGUGUUCCAUCAGGAAUAUUUCGUUUGUGUUUGGUGGAAUCAGUUUGACUGUAGCAGAGCUCCAGGGUUGUAUAAUCUGAAUGAAUUUAUUUAUGACUAUACAAUAUUUGGAAGCCCUGGUGCAGAACUACUCAAACCUUCUGGUCCUGGAGGACUCCCAGGUGGAACAGGUACUGGAGCUACUCAAGGCCGUCCAUUUAGUCCCGGCAGUGGUGUAACUCGUCCAGCUGGACCCACUGGGCCCUUUCGUCCUGGAACGCCUGGUAGUAUAGGAACUGGAAUAGUAAAGCCUGGUGGAACAUUUCCAUCUGUAACUCCUGGAGUGACUGGUGGAGGUGGUGGUCCUGUCGCUGGAUAUCCACGUCCUGGUGGGCCAGGUGGAGUUGGUGGCAUUCUUGGUGAUGGAAUAACUGGACCUUCUUCUGGUGGAGUACCACCAUCAGGAUUUCCUGGUAGUCAGAUAGGACCAACACGCCCCUCAGGUCCUAGCACAGGCCUACCUGGUGGUACUGGUGGAGUAGGGCAAAUUGGUCGACCAACAGGCGGCUAUCCAAGGCCAGGUACAGGCAGACCGGGACUGGCUGAUACUGGAACACAACCAGCCUACCCAGACAGACAGUAUUUGCCUUCUAGGAACUCUUAAAUGAUUACUAUGCUGAGUUUUGGACUUGCUUAUGACCUAUAAGCACAGUAGCAGAUGAGAGCUCAUUGAAUCCAUCAUUUGUUUUCCAAUAACACUGAAUGUAAUGAGAUUAUAUGUAAGUGGAAACUAUGAAGAUAGUGAAAGUUUCAUCGAGUGCUCCUCUUUUUUGUGAGGGACGAUUUGUAUUAGUAUCGUACUUGUAAUCGUACUCUACUUUUCUUUGAAGUGACAAUGGGCCCUCGCUGCUGUGUGCUGUUCAGGUUCAAUGUUUAUUUAAAUAGUAUCUGUGUGAAUGUAUAAAUUAUUGUAUCGUGUCAUGAAAUUUGAAAGCAUUGGAUCCUAAACAACAUUUAUAUCAGAUUUCAUUGUUUUUCAUUUACAUGAAUGUUUUUAAAAAAUUGUUUUGUGUCAUUGAAAUUGUGAGUUUCUACCACAAUGUGUCUCCCGUAUAUAGGGAAUUAUGUUGCCAUAUCAUAUGUGUAAUAAAUGUUGU